AUGCAGGUGGGCGACGUCUACAUCCCUCGGGACCGCUUCACGCGGGAGAGCCGGGGAUUCGCAUUUGUCCGCUUCUAUGACAAGAGGGAUGCAGAGGACGCGAUUGAUGCCAUGGACGGGGCGAUCCUGGACGGCCGGGAAUUGCGUGUCCAGAUGGCGAGAUACUCCCGGCCACCAGACUCCUUCAGAAGAGGCGGCGGUACCAGUAACCGUCGAGCCAGCCGCUACCGACGUAGCAGGAGCCCUCGGAGGAGACGUCGCUCUCGUUCACGCUCCCGUUCCCGAUCGAGCCGUUCUCGUUCCCGUUCCCGCUCCCGGUCCAAGCCGGGUGCCCGGGGCAAAGCCCCGCCACGUUCCCGUGCCUCGCGCUCUCGUUCGCGCUCCCCCUCGGGUUCCCGUUCCCGCUCGCGGUCCAGGUCCCGAUCUCCUUCGCCCGCCAAGGCCAGGCCAGUGGGUGGCUCCCGCUCUCGCUCCCAUUCUCGCUCCCCUUCGCGUUCUCCGUUCCGCCCUGCCUCGGGAUCCCGCUCCCGUUCCCGCUCGCCUCUUCCCACCAAGCAGCCCAGCCCCCAGCCGCAGCCGCGGACUCCCCAGUCUGCUGACCCUGCCGAAGUACCGCCCACCUCCCCAGGUCCGGAGCGCUCGCCUUCUCCCAUCCCCACUGCCUCUCCAGAAAGGAAUGAUGAGCCGCGGUCGGCAUCUACAUCUCCGGAACCAGUGCCACAGGAGACUGAGUGAGGAGAGUGACCCAUCUUCCAACACCUCAGUCCCACUGGGCCGUUGCGAGACUGGGGUGUGAGUCCAGUGGAUCCAUGGGACCGAAAGACACAUCUGUCGUCGAGGGAAUGCAUCUCCUGCUAGCCGUGGGUGUGGUAGGGUUGGGUGGGGACAGUGUCAGGAGAGCAGGACCACAGCUCGAACCCACCCAUGUCUCGAUAAUUCUGCUUUAAUUUUGUUUGUAUAAAAAUCUACAAAACUA